ACCAGAGGAAGGAAUACUCAUACAAUGAGAGUCUAGUACCCCCGCAAUUCCCGUGCCUCCGUGUAGGCUACAGCUCGGACGGACAAAUGAUUGUCAAUGGAAUACUUGACACAGCCCAGCUAGAAUCACUAUCAGUUUGUGUGUUCGCUCCUCGGUGUUUCUUACCCGUGUCUUUACAGUUUCGUUAUUUUCAGAAUUGACCAAAAUGUAGGCUAACCAUCUGUUUUUGAUCAGGACGAGGGGAACGGGGGAUUUUUUUUUUGCUAAUGUAAAAAAAAAAAAAUCAUGUCGUGAGUCGCUGGAAGUUUCGUGUAUUUUCCCAAUAUAACCUUCUGUUUUGGUGAUGACUCGUCCACGUUGAAUACAUAGUUAGUAUUCGUCGCAAAGUGUGGUAGGUUAUUUUAUGAUCAUUUGUGUAAGCUACUCAUUGUAAACGCAAUUUGCGUAAAACGCUUCUAGUCAAUUUGGCUACUAAAAUGCUAUUGUUCGUGAUAUAUUUAAGUUUUCGUCCUUUCUGAUUUUUCCUGUCGAAUUACAGGAGACUGAAGUAGGUUACUUUAUUCACGUUGCAUGUGGUGUAGUCGGAACCGAAUAGUCGGUCAUCAAAUCAGUAAAGGACCUCGUGGGGACUUGUUCUUAUCCCAUUCAGAACUUCUUUGCGGGGUUCCAGAGGGCAUGGGAGAAGCAACUCCCGCACAGUCCGCAGCAGGAGGGUUCGUACCAAUGUUAGGUCUUGGUAUGGUGGGCUCUAUGCCAGGCGGGGGGGUUGCGGGGCCACUCGCGACCUCCCGGGGCUCUGCCGUCCCGCAGCUUCACAGCGCCAUAGUGGAACGGUUACGCGCGCGGAUAGAACUGUGUCGAAGGCAUCACUCCACCUGUGAGAACCGGUACCAGCGAGGCCAGGCCGAGAACUCUGACCGGGAACACGAGAGUACUCUUCACCUGCUGAACAUUGUGCAUCAGGGACCCGGGAAUAGGAAAACCAAGGGGAACCGGGCUUCGAACCAACAACCUCCAGACUACAGCAGAGUUAAUGGAGAACAGAAAUGCCAGAGCUCCUCAGCGGGAGACCAGAAGAUCUCAACACGAAUAGCACUCCAAGGGUCUCUGAGGAGGAAGAUCGAGGGCCAUACUCCUGGCUACUCCUCCCAACAGAAUGGCCUGUCCUGUGGGCCGUCGGGGCUGGACUUCAAACGUGUCCGUCUGGAGGGGGGCAGCGGUGGUUUGGGUGGGCCCUGUUCCUUCAACUCACAGUCCAUGGGAGGCGACGCAUCGUCCAUAGGCCACACCCUAAACAGGAAAAACAACAACAGCAGCUACAUGAUGCCCCAUGGGGUCAUGAACUCUGACCUCAUCAACAUGACCCUGAAGGAGAUGAAGAAGGAACCUAUAGACCAUGUUACUUCCUGCGGCCAGAGGUCUACUGAGAUGAUGGUGUUCAGCAGCCAGAUCGACCCGGAGCUUCAGGAUCUGUUCGACGAGCUGACCAAGACCGUCCCGUCUCUGCACGACCAGGAGUUUGAGAAGAUGCUGAAGCAGGACGAUGCGUUCGGCCUGGCGGAUCUGGAGCGCAGUGCGGCUACCCUCUGCUCCCACCUGGAGAAGCCCAUCAAGACAGAGUACUCCUCUCCAGAUUACGGCCAGACACAUGGCCAUGGUGGCUCCUCACAGCUCCGCCCGGCAUCAACUGGUCCCUCCUUCACCAUGUCCAGCUCCUCCCCCAUCACCAACCAGAAGAGCCAAGGCCAGGGGCCCUCAGGGCUGGCUGGACCCCCCAGCAGAGGUCUCCCUGGCUGGCCUGAGGUGUCCCAUGCAGAGCAGCUAAAGCAGAUGGCAGCCAACCAGAACCAGCAGCAGCCCAACCCCCAAGCCCUGCUCCACCACCAACAGCCACACCAACAGGCUCAGGCUGGAGGGGGAGGAGGACCAGGGACCAGUUGGAACACGCAGCCCUCCUCCAGCUCCUUCCCCCAGGACAAGCUCUCCAACCCGGCCUCAAUGGGCCAGAGGAUCACCCCUCAGACCUCCAUGGACAGUCAGGGUAAAGGCAUAAACAACUGUCUGUUCAAGCCCAACGGACACAACACCUCCAGCCACCUGGAUAUGAAGGUGCUCAGCAACAAACCAAUGCUCCACUUCAGCCCCAAAGCAUCCCAGCAACCCUCCACUAUGGCAGGUCCACUGAGUAAGACUACAGCCCAUCAACAACAACAACAGCCGUCCACCUCAGCCCAGAACUUGAACACGAACCACCCAGUUCAUAACUACCAGAACCCCCAGCAGCAACGGCCCAUGUCUGGGCCUCCUCACUUGCAGCCCAAGUCCCUGGCCCAGAGAACCCCUCUCAGCCAGCAUGGAGCUGGACCUGGGCUCCACUUUAAACUGGCUCAACAACGACAGAUGCCUCCUGGGCCUCGUCUGCCCAGCAACGGCAGCCUCGUGGGGAUGUCAGCCCAGACCCAGGCCCAGACCCACCAACGCCCCCCUGCCCCUGGCUCCAACACCCAGCAGAAACCCCCAGGACCAGGGAAGGUCAUGCAGAGACAGCUAGCCCAGCAGCAGCACAUCAUCAAUGACUCUGACAAAAUCAAUAGUAGCCAGGAUCUGUUUAACCGUCAUCUAACCAGACCACCACCAGACUAUAAACAGCCCCGAGGAAUGGUCCAACCUACAGGCCUUUUCACAGGUAUGAGUUCUUCCCAGUCGUUGUCGACCAACGGGUCUGACCAGAGUGACCUUCUAUCCAUGUCCUGCCACAUGCCCAGCGGCCCGGGAUCAAAGAUGACCCCUCCUCCCACGGACUGGAGGUUUGGGAGAGGCCUCCACCAGAUCCAACAGCACAACAACCAGACCAAGAUGGGACUCGGAGUCGGACUCAACCAAAACAAGCCCAGGUUCCCUGGUCCUCCCAACGGCCAGGGUAAUGGGUUUGAGGUGGGUGGUCUUACCAGUGUACAACAUCCCUCAAGGACAUCAGUAGGCCAGCAGAGUGGAGGGAUGCCCAGUCAGGGCCAGGGUCUCGGGCUGGGGGGUGUGAUGGGCUGGCCUCCUGGAGCUAAAGCUCCUAUCAUGGUCCCUGGGUCUCUCGGGGUAAGGCAGCCCCCGAACUCGCUCCAACCACAGGGUGCCCAUUCCCAGUCUCAGCUCGACAUGUCCAGCCACCAGUACCCUCCUGGCCCCCGGCACAUAGGCCCUGGCCCACCCAACCAGGUGGCACCAGAAGUUGGCAUGCUGCCUCUGAACCCAGCCCUCCGCAGCUCCACCACCACCACCACCAACCCCAGACCCAACCAACCCAUGAUGCCUCCUCUGCCAGGGCUACCAAGCCUCAACCAGGCCUCUCCGGAGCAGAGGGUUCCCGCUGGAGGCAGCACCAUCGGGGUCUUCCCACCACAUAACCACAACCCUGGGGGAAGCUACCAGACCCAGAACAGCCGGGCUGUUAACCGACUGACCUUUGAAUUCCUCCAGGAGGGAGACAACACCGUCCCAGGGAUCAACACUGACUCAGACUUCAUCGACUCGCUGCUGAAGUCUGGAUCCGGCAACGACGACUGGAUGAAAGACAUCAACCUCGAUGAGAUCCUGGGCAGUCACUCAUAAAGUGACCUCGAUGAGAUCCUGGGCAGUCACUCAUAAAGUGACCUCGAUGAGAUCCUGGGCAGUCACUCAUAAAGCGGGAUGAUGUGGGAUUGCAUAAAUAGGGCCCAGAGUUUUCCAUGCAGCUCUCAUGAAUUCAGGUUCAUUCCAGAGAGUUUUUCUCUUCUAUUCUCAUGAAUUCAGGUUCAUUCCAGAGAGUUUUUCUCUUCUAUUCUCAUGAAUUCAGGUUCAUUCCAGACUUUUUCUCUGCAUGUCUCGUGAAUUGGGGUUCAUUCCAGAGAGUUUUUCUGUAGAACAAUUCCACAGAAUUGGUGGCCAGUUUUUCAAUCAAAACAUUCCAUAGAAUUGGGAGCGCUGGUCAGGAGUUUUUCCAGGUUAGAUGGGCCAUGUGGUGUGGAAAAACUCCUGACCUUAAUUAUAGGCUCCAACUAGAGCCAGGAGCUCCUCCCUCUUCUGGUCAGGAUAAACUCCAGGACCCAUCCAUAAAGACUGAUAACUGCAAACGCAGAACUUUCCCCACAGAGACUAUGGAUGGCCUUGGGUAGUGCAUCCCAAAUGGCACCCUAUUCCCUUUAUACUGCACUACUUCUGACCAGGAUCCAUAGGGCUAUGGUUGAAAGUAGUGCACUAUAUAGGGAAUAGGGUAUCAUUUGAAACACAGACCAUGAAUGGCCAUGAGUCAGAAUUCACCUAAAGGGAUUACAUUUGCAAAGCUAUAAUGUCAUUUUGUAAACCCAAUAUAUAAUUUGAUAUCUAAUUGUACCUUUUGUGUAUUCCUGUGAAGAAAUAUAUAUUCUGUAUAAUAAUAUUUGAGUACAUUAUAAAGGUUCAUUGAAUAAGAA